UGUCGCUCGCCAUUGUGCAGCGGACGCCGCCGUGGACACCAUGGACGCCCUGAAGGUGCUGCUGCUUUUCCUCCUGGGCGCCUCCACCGGUCUGGCUCUCUUAAGGGUUCCUCUACAACGGGGGCGCUCCAUUCGCUCGCAGCUGCGCGCCGACGGCGUGCUGUGGGACUUCCUGCGCGAGCACCAUCCCGACGCCUUCAGUCGGCGCUACGCCCAUUGCUACCCCGCCGGGACGCCUUCGCUGCGCCUGGGACGCACCAGCCAGAAGCUCUUCAACUUCAUGGACGCUCAGUACUUUGGUCAGAUCAGCCUCGGGUCUCCCGAACAGAACUUUUCUGUGAUUUUUGACACCGGCUCAGCGGACCUCUGGGUGCCGUCGUCGUACUGCGUCAGCCAGGCCUGUGCGGUGCACAAACGUUUCCGAGCGUUCGAGUCUUCCUCGUACAGCCACGAUGGCCGAAGCUUCGGCAUCCAUUACGGAUCGGGUCAUCUGCUCGGGGUCAUGGCCAGAGACACGCUCAAGAUGGGCAAUAUGAGCGUGCCGAGCCAGGAGUUUGGCGAGUCGGUGUACGAGCCGGGCUCCACUUUCGUGGUGGCGCGCUUCGAUGGCGUGCUGGGGAUGGCCUACCCCCGCUUGGCCGAAAUCCUGGGGAACCCCGUCUUCGACAACCUGAUGACGCAUAACAACAUGGACCAGCCCGUCUUUUCCUUCUACCUCACCAGGCAGUCGGGUAGCUCUCGAGACGUGGACGGCCAACUCCUGCUGGGCGGCACGGACGAGGCUUUGUACGACGGACCCAUCACGUGGCUUCCCGUCACCACCAAAGCAUACUGGCAGAUUCUUAUGGACGGUGUUUCUGUCCAAGGCUUGAAGUCGUUGUGUCCUCGCGGCUGCGAGGCCAUUGUGGACACGGGCACCUCCCUCAUCGCCGGCCCCACCAAUCAAAUCCUCACCCUGCAGCAGCUCAUCGGGGCCACGCCCACCAGCAUCGGCGAGUUCUUCAUCGACUGCGCCAGGUUGUCGAGCUUGCCUCACGUGACGUUCGUUUUGGGCGGAAAGGAGUUCACGCUGACGGCCGAAGACUACGUCAGGAAGGAGAUGCUGGAGGACAGAGAGCUGUGCCUGAGCGGCUUCCAGGGCAUUGACAUCAUUUCGCCUCAGGGGCCGCUGUGGAUCCUUGGAGACGUCUUCCUCACCAAGUUCUACAGCAUCUUCGAUAGAGGGAACGACCGCGUGGGCUUGGCCCCCGCUCGCCAUCCUGCUUAGGUUGUUGCUAACGCUCUGACUGGCACCAAUAAAGGCUGACAUUCCCCAA